GGAGCAAGUGUUCACUCGAACUGACUGGGAACAUAGUGCAUGUAUAGAAGAUGAAUCUGGAAGGAGGGGGGUUACUUAUGGACAAGCUGCUUUGGCACUGCAUUAUCAGCCAGUGGCUGCACACUCGGCUGAUCUCUGGACCCUCAGAUUGAGCAACACUGCAAGAGGCAGUCAGAAACAAAGGCAGAGUAGAAAAAAAAUACCUGAGUGAAAGAAAGCCAAAGGAAAACAAAAAAGAAAGUGCAACAACAGGCUGGGUUGUAACAGUGUUAUGAGGGGAAAAGUAAAGCUGUUAGAAUCAAACAUCGAGGCUCUGUGAGGUAUAAUGGUUGAGAGGACUUUUAAGGUUUUGGGGAGGAGUAUGAAAGAUUUGCCAGGACGGUGGGGGUCAGAGGCAGAGUAAUUGUGGUGACAGCCAGUGCAAGGGGACAAGGACUCAUGUGAGACACAGAGGAAUUAAAAUAUAGAGACACGGAGAAAGAACGGAUUGGGACUGGCAGACCCAAAACUGGACUUCAGUAUGGGUGUGAAGCGUAAGGCUGCUGCUGCUAUCUUAGUCCUGCUGCUGUUUCUCGGCUUCCAGUGGCUUCAGGGGGGUUUGGAUUACCAAUGGGAUUCUUGUUUUAAAAGUUAUAAUCAAGUGAAUACGCUUCACCAGUUGUACAACAGCAGUAGGCCCGAUGGGGCUGAGGGCCCACAGCCUUUGGAGGAGUGCCCUGGUCAGACCUUCCAGGUGUCACUGCUGCUCUCCCACCUGCUGGCUGCACCGGCCUACACAUCUGACGUGCUGCUGCAGCCGUAUCUGUCCAGCUGGGACGAGCUUGUGAGGUUUAUGGAAGCUCUGGGUCCAAUGGUGGGACUGAUAUCUAAAGAGAUAGAAAGCAAGACCUCUAUAAUCCGCGAACUGGCCUUGUUGGCAGAAGGGGACCCUGAAGCAGAGCUGGGGCCAGAUAUACACACAAUAAACAGUGUGAGCGUAAAACCUGGGACAAAGAAUAAUCAGGAGCACACUGGGGGUUACCACUCUGUACGCUCCAUGAUCUGGGUAGAGCUGAACCGAGGACAAGUGGAUUUCCACCACCAGACGGACUCUGGAUGCCGAACUCUUCUGCGUCUGCAUCGUGCUCUGCUUUGGCUGAAGCUCUUCCUGGAGAAGCUGGCUGAGACACCGGGGGCCGGCCGGCUGAAGAGCCCUUCAGAGCUGUGUCGCGAGGCCUACACGAGCACCCUGGCCAACCACCACACCUGGUUUGUCCGCAGGGCCGCGGAGCUGGCCUUCAUUGCAAUGCCAGAGCGGGGUUUCUUUUUCAAGCUAGUGUGUGUACAGAGCCAGGAGGAGCUGGGCACAGUGCUCAACAGAGUGGUUCAGGCCAUAGGAGAAGUUUAUGAUAGGACUCAGAAAGCCCUGGAAGAAAAUGGCAUGCUGAACUUGCCAUAGAAAAGGGGGCUAUCAGACCAUAUUUCCACUGUCCUCAUGAUGUCCUGGGCAUCUCACAUAAACUUCUAGCUACAAACAUAGCGUAACCUUCGCAAGGUAACAUGAAUGGACUUCUUCAGCUACAUUUCAGAUGUGACAUGUUUUGCCCUCCCGACCAAAGUGCUGCGUCAACAAUCACCCGAUACCAAAAGUCUGCUUUUGGUCUGUAGACAUUCCUUAUCAAAUUUUAUGAGAUCAUGUUGAUAAUGCAUCUAGGAUGACUAAACACAUACUGUGAAUUAUUUAAGCAGGUGCAGACUAUAACAUGAACACUAAAGCAACCCAUUGCAACAACCCUGAAGCAUCUGUAAUGUUCUUGACACCCAUGAGGAGAUGACAGCUUGCAUCAGAUUGUACAGUUCAUGUCAUUGCGCCUACACCCACCCAUAUAUAAUUUUUUUUUUAUAUUCAAAAUUAUGUUGAAAAUGACUGCUGUCUUAAUUGUAGUUUAUUGUAGUUAAUGCUUGGUGAUUUAGUGUGCUACCUCAAAACUGGCUAGUUCUAGAUGCCUUGUAGCCCUUAAAUCUGGGACCAAUCCUGAUUAAAGAAGCAUUACACUAUGAAUAAACAUGCUCUGAACAAAGAACAAUAAGUUGCUUCACAGCAACAGUGGUGUGAGGCUGGAGAAUCAAAUUGUCUGUUUUAUUUUGUAAUUUUUUGUAUCUUGUUCGAAAUGAUUAAAGAGAGAAUCAAGUUGCCUAUUUUCUAAUGUAGUCGGGUCCAGUAAUGUGAUAACAUUGACGUUUAAAUGCCACUGAACUGUGUAAUGUUACCUUCCAACAGAGGUUCCAGUGUUCUGCUGCAGACUAAGCUUCACUUUCCCAACAUCAUGGUGGAUAUAAUCUGCUCUGUGGGGAUCUCUUACCUGGACACAUUUGAACCCAAAUACACAGGUUUUAGCAUCCAAAUACAAAGGCUGUUCCCCUCAUAACAUCUAUUUGUUUGUAAGAAACGUUAAAUGUAUUAAACAUUAGCAAAGAAAUUACUGAUCGGAAAACUAUCAAAUUGUUUCGCAAAUUAUUCAAGACUGUAAUAUGUAGAAUGUGUGUGUGACAGAGAGAAUACAAUGUGUAAGUAUUAGUCACCGGUACUUCUCUUGAUCGGACUAUUUUAAAACCACAAAUACCUCUAAUGCCACGUAAUCUCUCUCUUUUUCCUGGAGAGUGCUCUUUCUUUCUAAGCAGGAGACAGCGGAGAAAGGAGAGAUAAGGUUAGAGGCUGAAGCCACGGAGUGAACAGGAGACAGGAGCUGGUUGAAGGUCAGUGAGCGGAAGUACACUUCGGCUGGGAUUUUGUCAAGCAGUUGGCAGCAGACUAAAACAACUCCCAAAGAGGAAAAAAAAUGCUACCUGAAACAGAAUUCACACAUUUCCGAGCUGGGUUGAACUGAAUAUCACUUGAAUCCUACCAAGACAUCAAUCUGUGACCUUUGACAUGUCAUUUGUGUAGGAGGAUGACAUGUUGAAGAUGGUAUUCACUUCCUCUUUAUACUCUUUUAAAUUAAAGUCCAGACAGUCUCACUCGUUCAUACAUAAGAACAUAGAGUAACCUCUACACUUUUUACCUUUCACUUGUUACCGUGUACCAGUAUGUGCACACAGGUUACCUCUGGUGUCCACUGGUGCUAUAGGCUGUGAGGAUUAUGGUGAAUGAGAUUACUUUAGAUUAUAUCUACCUGACUAUGCUUGACACUGGCUGGCUUCUUUUUCUGUCCCUUACAAUAGCUCUAACACAUUUGACUACAUUUUGGUUGAUAACAUGCCACGAUAAAAGGAUCCACAUUGGCAUUAUGGCCAUUUGGCUUUAAUCUUAGUGUCUAAGGCAGAGGCAAAAAUUAAGUAUGAGUCCGGGUUCCCUUAAAUGACAUUUAUUUAUUUCUCUAUCUUGGUUUGCAGUAAACAUGAGCAAAAAUAUACAUACAGUAAGAGCAAAAAAUAAAGAUACUGAAUAGAAUUAUCAUCCUUUUGGAGAAAAAAAAAAAGAGUAUCUCAACAAAUUUCAUGGAUUUCUUUUAUUAAACUAUCCUUACACCACAGAAUUAGGCAAAAUUAUGAUUUAAGACGAGGGGGUUUGGUGGGGAAAAUUAGUUUUUUAAAAGUUAUUACUUGUAUGAAACAUAAACAAGUAGACUCUCUGACAUUUGCAUUAGACCGUUUUGUAAUUUUGUUCUGAAAAGUUGCUGAAGGUUUUGCACUUGAAAGUACUCUAAAAGCUCUCUGUGACAUAUUCACUAUUAAUUUACCGUGAAUGUCUGAAUUUUGAAACAAUAGAUCCCAGUGUUCAGAGGCUUUCAUUGCAAGCUUUAUAAGAUCAAUUUUAGCAAGUAAAAAGGACUCAAACAAUGACAAAAAUAUUUCUAAAUAAAAAAAACUAAAACCUUUCCAACCAAAUUGUUGACAUUUUGCUAUUUGUUGAAAUAAAUAUUGAAAACCUACCAGGUAGCUCCCACAUGAUACAACCCAAGCUUAUAAAUUCUCUUCUCUUUACAACAAAGUAGCAAUAAAAUACUCUUUUAUAAAUAAAACACUUUUUUAAAUAUAAUACCAUCAUGAUAAUGCACAAUGGCAAAAUUGCCUGACUGCAAUCUGCCUGAUCUGUACGUUUCUUUCUAUUUCUUACUUACUUUUGAUCAUACACUGAUUUUGUGUUACAGACUUUUUUUAACUACAUCAUACAGCCACACAAAAAGUAAAUAUAUUGCUUUUUGAGGAUAUCUCCAAAUUCUCACAGAAAAA